AUAGUGAGGAGAGUGAAGAAAUCGAUGAGGGGACAUUUGCUAAAAGUGGGAUAGAAUUGGAGGUUGAUAAUCGAUUGGUUAAGUUGAGAAAGAAGUUGGGAAAUUCACGCGACAAAAUGCCGAAGUCAUCGGUUGGAUAUUCGAAGAAGGAAAAUACGACGUCGGAUGAGAGAGAAAAUAGCGGGGCGUUAUUAUUCAAGAAGAAGUAUAAGUUCAAAGUUUCGUCCGGUGAUCCAGUAGAGAAACCAAAGGGUUUUACGGGCUCGGAUGAUGCUAGGGUUAAAAGUGGAAAUUCGGAUGAGUUGAUUAAAAGUAUGGAUAGUGAUAACGGUGCAGUUGGUUUAGGGGGUGAAGAAAAGCAGAGAGAAAUUUCGGAUGUUGAUUCAAAGGGAAGUGAUGCGGUUGAUAUAGUGGAAGAGGAUAAAACGAAAUUAAUUUCGGAAAUGAAUGAAUCGACCAAGAAAACGAGGAAGAAGGUGGCAAAAGAAAUGGGGAUAAGCAAGCAAGGAAAGGCAAAGGGUUUUGGUGAAACGAAAGGAAUUGCUCCCGAGAAAAAGAAUGGCAGGAAAGUAAAUGCUGAAGCUGUGAAGACGAGAAAAUCAGCAAUUAAAAGCGAAAGCGGGACUGAAUUGUGGUGGUCAAAUCUUCCCUACGUUCUCGCUAUUAUUAUGCGAAGGGGCUACGAAGGCGAGGGUGGUGAAGGAUUUUAUACAUUGAAAACCAUUUCCGAAACCGAGGAUCGAACGUCUCGUAUUGUAGCUUUUGAGGACCGUUCCGAUGCCAACAAUUUCUGUUAUCUUCUGCAAUCCUUCUUCGAAGAUCUUCAAGAUUUCGUAGCUGAUGUUGUUCCGUUAACAGUCAAAGAACUACACGAAGCGGUGAAAUCACGUGCGGCGAGUGUGCUUGUCGUGAAGAAAGGGCAGCUUCGUCUUUAUGCAGGGCAACCUCUCGCCGAUGCUGAGGUGGCGUUACGUGAUAUGAUUACGAAAGGCUGAAUUUCAGGACUGCCUGUAUUAUUACGUAUUCGUCGAUCAGGAUACACGCUUCAACCAGUGGAAAGCGCGCAAAGAACUAGAUUUUCGUGUUUUUUGUUUCGUAUUUAUUAUUAAUUUUAGUGGUAUUUAUUCUUUAUUCUUGUAUUGUAGUGUGUGCUCUAUAACAAUUAAUUUGUUUCUUCCCCAACAAAUUAUUGCAAUUUAAGGAAUAACUUUGAAC